AUGUUCCCCCCUGUAGAGCGCCAGCUGAUCGUCUUUGAUUUCGACUGGUCCCUGGCUGACCAGGACACCGACAGAUGGGUACUCGAGGUUCUGGCGCCGAAACUUCGCAGGAAGAUGAAGGACCUCAAGAAGGAUGUUCAGUGGACCGACCUCGUCGCUCAGAGCAUGAAAGAGCUUUUUGAGCUAGGCGGGACGAAGGAACAAGUCGAAGAUGCCCUACGCGCAAUGCCAUUCCACCCGGCGAUGGUUCGCGGAGUGACUGGUCUCAAGUCUAGGGGGAAAACGACCUUCUUUUGUCUGUCCAACUCCAACAUCAUCUACAUCUCUACCAUCCUCAAGUCCAAGGGCCUCGACGAUCUCUUCGAUGAGAUCGUCACCAACCCCGCCGAGUGGGAGCCUUCCGGGAUGCUCAACGUCCGUCGACGGAUCGACCCGGCCGGGCCUCAGCACGAGUGCAAAGUCGGCUGCAGCCCCAACAUGUGCAAGGGCGAUGAGUUCGAGGCUUUCCUGAAGCGGAAUGGGCCCGGCUUCGACCGCGUCAUCUACGUUGGCGACGGCUCGAACGACUUCUGCCCCGUCCUCCGCAUGCGCAAGCAAGACGUGCUCUUCUGCCGCCGCUACCGAGGUCUCUACGAUCUCGGCCGCCUCGAGCCCAGGGUCGAGUACUGGACCGGCGCGUGGGAGGCUGAAGAGCUCCUCGAUAAGCUCUGA